UGAGUAAAUAAAAAAUCGAAAACGUACAUAGCUGUUCCAGCUGAAAUACUUGGAAUAAUUCUACCACUUCUACUAGGAGUAGCCUUUUUAGUGCUAGCUGAACGUAAAGUAAUGGCUUUUGUGCAACGUAGAAAGGGUCCUGAUGUAGUGGGAUCGUUCGGAUUGUUACAACCUCUAGCAGAUGGUUCGAAAUUGAUUCUAAAAGAACCUAUUUCACCAAGUAGUGCUAAUUUUUUCCUUUUUAGAAUGGCUCCAGUGGCUACAUUUAUGUUAAGUCUGGUCGCUCGGGCCGUUGUACCUUUUGAUUAUGGUAUGGUAUUGUCAGAUCCGAACAUAGGGCUACUUUAUUUGUUUGCCAUAUCUUCGCUAGGUGUUUAUGGAAUUAUUAUAGCGGGUCGGUCUAGUAAUUAGGGGGCGGCCGUUCGGUCGCCUAUGAGACUAGGACCAAUAGGUCAAAAAUUGGUUUGUGCCGCAGGUGUUGAAUGAUCUACUCUACACAGGUGUGGGCUUACAGGGCUAGGGCUCAGAAACCCUUUCUUUCAUUCAUCAAGAGGGCUAGACGCGCCUUUCGAACCAGUCUUUAUAAACCUGGUCGCUCACUUUUCCGGGCCGGGAUCAAUAAGUAGAAGUCAUAAAAAGAUAUGUUUCUCUUCGCACCACUGAUAGACUACUAAAGAUUCAAUUUGAAAGGCCAUACUUAGUUUCGCAAGCCUUUGUCAUUGUCAGUCAACUAAGUAGGUCGUUCCGCCCCCUGCGAAUCCGUAAAUUGAGGAGCAUGCCGCAACAAAAGGAUGGUCCCCUAUGCAUUUCAUUCUUUCUAGAAAGGAAAAUUAUAAGUACCCCCAUCAUGGUGAACCUCUCCUUGUGAUCGGGAUGAGGUAAAUGCCUCCUUUUCGGGGGGC